GACGGAAGUUAACUUAUUAUGCGCCUCUCUUCAUGCAGCCUCUGCAUCAGAAACACGGCGCUCCUUCACCUCCCACCAUCUCCUUCUGACUUCAUCCUCUCACCUCUUCAGGAUAUCAUCAUCGUCAUCAUUUAUCUUCUACGGACUCUGGAUCAACAAGCGUUUUUCUCUGCGCCGUCAAUGAUGCUGUCGCUCAGCAUGCAGGAGCUGCUGGGCUUAGAAUAAAACCCCACCAGAGACCCGGAGAUCUUCAGCACCAAGAAAAGAAAGGUGAGCCGAGCUGCUCUUCAAACGUCUGAAAACUGACCGAAGAAUUAAACCGCAAAGGGACUUUUUAAGUCAGAGAACCCUCUUCCUCGUCUUUUGACCUGUCAUCUUUUCCCUCCUCUUCCUGUUGGACUGACGGCUAAGAAGCACCAAAUGGAGGCCAAAGGAAAGUACGAUUUUUCAGCGACAGCGGACGAUGAGCUCAGCUUUAAAAAGGGCGACAUACUCAAGGUAAUAAACUUCGAGGAUGAUUGGUGUAAGGCUGAGAUGAAUGGACACGACGGAUACAUACCGAAAAAUUACAUCGAGUUGCAGACUCCAGACUGGUUUAAGGAGGAUGCCAGUCGCAGCCAGGCAGAGGAGCUCCUCAGGCAGAAAACAGUGGGAGACUUCGUGAUCCGAGGAUGCCAGAGCUCCCCGGGAGACUUUUCCAUCUCUGUCAAACACGAGAGCGACGUCCAGCACUUUAAAGUGAUGAGGGACGGUAAGGGUCAGUACUUCCUGUGGUCGGAGAAGUUCACCUCGCUGAAUAAACUGGUGGAGUUCUAUAAAACCAACUCCAUCUCCAAAACCAGACAGAUCUGCCUGUACAGCCCGCAGGGAAAGAGGGGAAGUUUGCCUGAACACCGUAGCACAGCUGCAACCGUAGCUGCAUCACCUCGCAGGGCCUCGGAUCAACCUUACAACCAGCUGAGUAAAAGGCCUGGCUUUGAGGAGCGAGCACACACCAUUGGACACACGGGCAGAAGCAGCCCGGUCAGCUCUGCUUGUCCUCCACGACGCACCUCGGAAACCAUGCCUCUGCCUGCACGAGCGUCCACAGUGCAGGUGAGGGCGUUGUACGACUUCACCGCCGAGGAAGACGACGAGCUGGGAUUUAGUGCCGGUGACAUCAUUGAGGUGUUGGACCGCUCAGACAAGUCUUGGUGGAAAGGGAGGCUGAGGGGGCAGAGUGGGUUGUUUCCUGCGAACUACACAAUACCGAUGUGAGGAAAUACGCUGUGGGCGAGGCUUUAGCCACACUCCAUCUGCAGGCGCGUCAAGUCCUCGUUAGGUGUUUUUGAAAGUAAACACCGAGGAUUCUGAUCUGAGUUGCAGUGGAUUGUAAGUUUAUAGAUUCAUCGCCUCCCUGCAUGGCUUGUUUGGGUUUCAUUGAACAUUUACUCUUCGGGGGUGAGAGAAACACCUGCAGGAUGUUUUCUAAAGAGGAAGUGCUGCAGAUGUCACUAAGGAAUGUUUUUUUAACCAUUUGUAUUAUAACAUGUGGCAGCAGAAAUGUAUUUGAUGAAUGCUUGUUGGCCCAAUGCCUGAUCAAUCAACUCUUUCUGUUCAUGUUUUGUAGUAAAUUCUCAAGUGAGUACAUUUUUUAAAGAUAAUUUUCAAGCUCAUUUAUCUUUAAACUGGAUGUUAAUUAGUUGGUAAAUUCAGUGAAAACAGGUUAGUUUGUUACAUUCAACUGAUAUUUUCUCAUGAACUUCUGUCUCAUCCUUUAUUAUUUUUUCUGCCUUAUUGAGUUGCAUAAAUUUGGCACAAAAAAAAACCUAAAAUAUAAAAAGGAAUAGGUGCUCUUCAAAAUAAAAGCUGCAUAGGCAUUCUAGGAGGUUGAAGAUUUCUCUACUUGACUGUUUACUUUUGCUCCACUUCAAUAAAGAAAUAAAAUAAAAAAUAAAAAAGA